GGUAGUAGUGGUGGUAAAUGUAUUUUGUGUCCAAACCCUGAUCGAAUGGUAAAAAAUACCACGUCGGCAGUUUUUAUACAUACAUGGAUCCGUUCUAUAUGGUUUAUGCUUUUUUGGGAAAAAAAAUUGAUAGGAAAUUUGGCGAAAUUCCAUCUCAAGUGUUUAUUAUACCGAUCAAAGUGAAUUUUAAAAAGUGAGGUUUUCGGCGAAUUUUGUUUUUAAAAAGUGAUUUAUCAUUGACACAUUGGGGGAAAUUAUUGACAUCUCACGUAGGGCAUUAAGUUUAUUAUUAUAAGGUGGUAUAUACUUUUACUGGAGAAAAUUAAAAGUAGCCAGUCAUCUAGGAAUUCAAGAUGGCAGAAAGUCAGGACACUAAAAAGAAAAUCAACGUUAAUAUUAAAACGCCGAAAGAUAAACAAACCGUUGAAAUUGAAGAAGAUGCGUCAAUUAAAGAUUUUAAAGAAGCAGUUGCUAAAAAAUUCGAUGCUCAGCCCGAUCAAUUGUGUCUAAUUUUUGCUGGAAAGAUAAUGAAGGAUCAUGAAACUCUUGCAACACAUAAUAUUAAAGAUGGUCUCACUGUACAUCUUGUAAUAAAAACACCGCGUACUGCUGGUAAUCAAUCAAAUCAAGAGCAAUUACCGAGUCCACAGAGAAAUCAGGGAUCAUCUAAUAUAGGUAAUUCACCUUUUGGUUUGGGAAACUUGGGAGGUCUUGUUGGCUUAGAGAGUUUAGGAAUGGGAUCUAGUAAUUUUAUUGAAUUACAACAGCGAAUGCAACGCGAAUUACUUUCAAAUCCAGAAACAAUGAGACAAGUGCUUGACAAUCCAUUGGUGCAAAGAUUAAUGAAUGACCCAGAAAAUAUGCGUGCUUUAGUAACCGCAAAUCCACAAAUGCAAGAACUUAUGCAACGAAAUCCGGAAAUAAGUCAUAUGUUAAAUAAUCCUGAACUUUUACGUCAAACAAUGGAACUGGCUAGAAAUCCGUCAAUGCUACAGGAAUUGAUGCGUUCACAUGAUAGGGCACUAUCUAAUUUAGAGAGCAUUCCAGGUGGUUACAGCGCUCUUCGUCGCAUGUAUCGAGACAUACAGGAGCCAAUGUUAGCCGCAGCGGCAAAUGAAAGAAAUCCUUUUGCAGCAUUAGUUGAAAACAGUAAUGCAGACAAUCAACCAAAUCCACAGCAGGGACAAGAGAAUAGAGAUCCAUUGCCAAAUCCAUGGGGCAGUGAUGGCAGUGAAAAUAAUUCAACAACAUCACCACCACCAACAUCAACACCGGCUGCUGGCGAAGGUGGUCAAGGAAGAGGUCUCUUUGAUUCACCUGGAAUACAAAGUCUCACAACACAAAUAAUGGAGAAUCCAACAUUGAUGAGAAAUUUGCUUAAUGCUCCAUACACACGUUCAAUGCUAGAAGCAUUGUCUGCCGAUCCAGCAAUGGCAAAUAGACUUAUUUCUUCAAAUCCAUUUCUCAGAUUAAAUUCACAAACACAAGAACAAAUGAGAUCAAUGUUGCCAACAUUAUUACAACAAAUGCAAAAUCCACAAAUACAAAAUGUUUUCGCUAAUCCAAAUGCACUCGCGGCAAUAAUGCAAAUUCAACAAGGCGUGGAACAAUUGAGAACUGUCGCUCCUGAACUCGUUAACAAUAUGGGUUUAACACCACCACAGCCUACGGCAGCAUCGACCGAAUCAACGAGGACAACUUCACCAAGUCCUACCACAGCUCCGGCAACAGAUCCAGAUCAAAGUUUUUCUCAAUUUAUGGCUCGAAUGGUAUCGGCAAUGGCACUGAAUCAAGGAGGUGAAGUAGAUGGUCAGGUAGCUCCACCAGAGGAACGUUACAGAGCACAACUUGAACAGCUUACAGCAAUGGGUUUUGUAAACAGAGACGCAAAUCUUCAAGCAUUAAUUGCAACAUUUGGAGAUGUUAAUGCUGCUGUUGAAAGAUUGCUGGCCAACGGACAAGUUUCCAUGAGCUAACCACCAAUGAUUAACACCAAUACCAACACUAUAAUUAAUAAUUUACUCUCGGUAUACUUCUUGCCUCAUGAGGAGAGGUGUCAAAUAAUUGAGGUAAUGUUAACUCGAAAAAUUUUAAUUCUUAUUAUUCUGGCUCUAGGUAAAAGUACAUGCUACAGACUCGUUUAUUGUGAACUUUCUUUUAUAAUUGAUGCAGUACUUACCCGGUUCAGCUAGCUGAGUAGGUACAACGAGAAAAAAAAAUAAUAAAAGGAACAUAUUGAGUAUCUUGUUAAUAUUUCAUCUCUAUCUCUAUAUAUUAAUUGAUGUAUUAUAAAGAAUGUGUAAUACUUGUACCAGCAUUAUAUACUUGAGUGCACAAUGAUUGACUGUUUAGUUAUGUUAUUAAUACAUCACUUAGCUUAUAGUUUCAAAACUGUAUCUUCUUAAAAAUUAUACAAAUUGAUUAGAACA